CAAGUAAAGCUCUAGCUAAACACAUAGACAGCCAAGUAGCAAGCAUCAUCAGAUUCAGGGAUCAAUGGCGCCCCGUGCUGCCUCCUCGUCGGUACUCCUCCUCAUCCUCGCCGCCUUGGCCGCCGGCGCGAGCGCGGCCACCUUCACCAUCACCAACAGGUGCGGCUACACGGUGUGGCCGGCGGGCAUCCCGGUGGGCGGCGGCACGCAGCUCAAUCCAGGCGAGACGUGGACCGUGGACGUGCCCGCCGGCACCAGCGGCAGGUUCUGGGGCCGCACCGGUUGCUCCUUCAACGGCGGGAGCGGCCACUGCGACAGCGCCGACUGCGCCGGCGCGCUCUCCUGCACCGUCUCCGGCCAGACGCCGGCGACGCUGGCCGAGUACAGCAUCGGCGGCUCGCAGGACUUCUACGACAUCUCGCUGGUGGACGGGUUCAACCAGCCCAUGGACUUCUCCUGCAGCACCGGCGUGAACCUCCACUGCCCCGGCGCCGGCUGCCCCGACGCCUACCUCUUCCCGAAAGAUGACACCAAGACCCACGCCUGCGCCGGCAACAGCAACUACCAGGUCACCUUCUGCCCAUGAUCAGGCAUGGCAUGGUCGAACGACGACGGCGAGAAUUAGUGGAGAAUAUAUAAUUAAAUAAAGUUGAUAAAUAAGACGAUGUCGUGAAAAGUCGUCCACGUAUGCAUGUUUACGCAUUGUAACUGGAUUUACGUACUACCCUUCAAAUUUUAAAAUAUGGAUGAUGAUGUAUGCCUUUCAAAUAUCAAAUACGUAAUAUUUUUAGACAGACA